CACAGAUGAAACGGAUGAAAGGACUGGCAGAGAUGUUCAUCAGAACACAGUGGCAGACAGCACUUCCCAUGGCCACCAUUCAGUCCCUGUUAAGUGGGAGAGGUGGGGAUGGAGCCCAGGCUGAAGAGGGGGUUGAGGAAGGAGGAGGGGCCCAAGGCAGUCAGCCAGGUGUGGAACUCCAGCUCGUCCAAUCGCAGUCGCAAGAGGAAGAGGAGGAGGGAUUUGGGAGUAGCAUCACAGCUCUGGUGUUACGGCAACCGCUGAAGUACAGGAAGACACUGAUCUAUCUGAGCCUCACGGCACUACUCAUAUUUACUACAGCAUUCCUGUUGGGAUAUGUGGCAUUCCGUAGGUCGUGCCAGUACUGUGGAGACGAUGAGGAUCUGGUACCAGUGGACGACCCGCCAGGGGUACCUCAUUAUCCAGAGGGGGACCUUCACAUGGGGGAGCUGCGGGACAUGCUGAAGAAAUAUCUCAAGGAGGAAACACUGGACACCACUAUUAGGCGAGUGAGCAGGACGACCCACCCACCCGGGUCCUCCGAGGGGAACGACCUGGCUCGAGAGAUCCUUCAGAGCUUCCAGAAGCUGCGUAUGGACCACACCUGGACUGACUCUCACUAUGCCACUCUACAGUUCCCCUCCAGGACCCAGAGGAAUGCCCUAUGGAUAGUUGAUAAGGACGGGGUUGAACUUGAAGAGAUCCCGCUGAAUGCUGAAGAUUACUGCGCCUACAGCCCCACCGGCACAGCAACGGGGGGUGUGAUGUAUGUGAACUAUGCACGGCCAAAGGACUUUGACACACUGCGUUCCCUGGGCCUGCCGCUAGAGGGAACCAUUGCCCUGGCGAGGGUUGGUGGGGGUGUAAGCUUUGCGGAGAAGGUGCGUCUUGCCCAGACGGCGGGCAUGGUGGGCGUGCUGGUCUACCCAGACCCUGCCGACGUGCCCCAGGACCCGCGCAGACUAGGCCUCAGCAGUGACGCUGCCAUCUCCGAACAUGUUCAUCUGGGCUCUGGUGACCCUUUCACCCCUGGAUUCCCCUCCUUUAACCACACCCAGUUUCCACCCAUGCAAUCGUCUGGCCUGCCACUCAUCCCGGCACAGCCAAUCAGUGCCAACGUGGCCUCAAUGCUUCUGAGACAGCUGGAGGGUGUUGCGUGUCCGCGGGGAUGGCAGGGCCGUCUGCAGAUCUACGUGUACGUCAGGUGUGUGUUGGGUCCCUCUCUCCCGGAGGCUCAGGAACGCCAGGUGCGCAUGGGGGUGUUCAACAGCAUGACACCUGUACUCCUCAACAACAUAUUUGCCUCCAUUGAAGGGAAGGUUGAACCAGAACAAUAUAUAAUCAUUGGGGCCCAGAGAGACUCUUGGGGUCCAGGUGCAGUCAAGUCUGGUGUGGGCACAGCCCUCUUGCUGGAGCUUGCCCGCACCUUCAGCUCCAUGGUGCAGAACGGCUUUUACCCCAGGCGGAGUUUGCUGUUUGUCAGCUGGGAUGCUGGUGACUUUGGUAAUGUGGGCGCCACUGAGUGGCUAGAGGGUUAUCUGUCCAUGCUUCACCUGAAAGCUGUGGCUUACUUCAGCCUGGACCAAGCAAUAAUGGGUGAUGAUGAGUUAUCUGCUUAUGCAAGUCCUCUUCUCGUGGAUCUAAUAGAAGGAGCCAUUAAGCAGGUGGAGCACCCCAAGCAUCCUGGCCAGUCCAUUCUGGCCAAACUGGAGAGCCAGGGGCAAAACUGGAAGCGCCACAUAGUUAAGCCCCUAUAUUUGAACAGUGGUGCUUACAGCUUUACUGCCUUUGGAGGAGUGCCUGCUAUGGAGGUGCGCUUCAAUGAGGCUGUGCGUGCCUACCCCUUUGUGAACACACAGUGGGACAGUGCCAGUGGGCUGCAGGAGCGGCUGCAGGGCCAGCUGAGCUCAGUGGGGCGCACCAUCGGGGAGCUGGUGGGCCUCAUGGUCCUCCGCCUGGCCCAUCAUGUCGUUCUCCCGCUCGACCCCACCUGCUACAGCGGCACCAUGCUCCAGUUCAGCUCACAGCUCAACCAGCAUUCCGCUGAGCUACAGGCUCGUGGUCUGUCACCCCAGUGGGUCUUUAGUGCCAGAGGAGACUACAGCAGAGCUGCCAAGACCCUGAAGGAGUCCAUCCAGAACAGCGACAUCGACGAUGAGAGAGUGACCCGCCUCUACAACACUCGCAUCAUGAGGGUGGAGUACUACUUCCUCUCUCUUUAUGUGUCGGCAGUGGAGACACCUUUUCGGCACAUUCUGCACGGCCGGGGCAACCACACUCUGAGUGCCCUGACCGAGCACCUGGCCCUCCUCCGCACCCAGCCCCAGCUGUUCGACGAGGCCCGUUUCCGACGGCAAUUAGCCCUUUUCACCUGGACCCUGCAAGGAGCUGCCAACGCGCUGAGCGGAGACGUGUGGAACAUUGACAACUCAGUCUAGAACCUUCCAAAACGUUCCUCCCAUGGGAAGAGCAGGAGGCUUUAAGAAAGUCUGCCUGUAGCAAACCAUAAAGAAUUACACUCAGGACUCAGAACACUCAGAUCUUUCACUUUGAUUUGGAGAAGCUGCUGCUACCACUUCCUAACAAUUCCUAAAAGCUAAAAUUCUUCUGUCAAUGAGCACUUUUUAGUGCAUUGUAACAUCGGAUAACUGAAUUAUUUAUUUAAUCAUCAUAAUCAUUUUCAUUUUUUGAAACAAAAAAUGACUUACUGCAGCUUUAAACAUUUUAAAUUCCAUGUAAGCAAAUAGCGAUUGCGUUAGUUUUGAAACAAACACCAAGAAAUAACAGGGUGACCGAGACUAUUCUGUAAGUCAGGCGGCCUAGUUAGACUCCCAUACUGCCAUCCCAUAAUAAUUUAAUAUUGCACCUUGGUUUCAGUCAGUGGCUCUGUGUACAGUUUUUUCUCCUCAUUUCUCUGUUUUAAUUAACAUUCAAUUUAAUGGCGAUUUCUCUGAUUCUUUUUUAUUGCCAAGUGAUAAUGAGUUUGUUACCAAUGUCAACAGUAAUUAUCGGGGGCAGGGACUCCCAUAAUUAUGACAGUUAUACUGUCGUCCAAUCACGAAGCAGCAUCUGCUAACAAUAAACUUGUAGUGUUGUAGUUAUUGGUGCACAGGUGUCAGGGUGGUGACAUCAUAGGGCAUGAGCAUGUUUUUGGUUUAUGGAGGGUAUUUACCCUGCCUGUUCUGUCUGUACAACUGUGUGCCAAUAAAGUUUAGUUUUUUCUUGUUGCA